AUGUCUGAGGAUGAGCUUAAUGAAGCUGUGGCCGAGUCAUCUGAGGAAGAGGUGACGGAUUCAGAUGCCGAAGAGACCCCGGAAGAACAGAAGGAGGAAAAGGAAGAUCAAGUGGCUGAAGAUAAGGAGGAGAAAUCUUUUAAAGAACUGGUAAGACAAUUGUUGUAUUGAGUAAAUUUCGGAGAGAUUCCUGUCAUUAAAUAAUGUGAACAUGGACUUACUAAUUCUUUACAUUAAAUGAUGUAUAUUAAUGUUUCAGGGACUUUGUGAAGCUUUGUGUGAAGCAUGUGACCGAGUUGGAUGGAAGACACCUUCAAAGAUUCAAUUAGCAGCUAUUCCACCAGCUUUGAAAGGCCAUGAUGUUAUUGCUUUGGCUGAGACUGGGUAUGCCGUUUUAGAUAAACGUUUCUUCAGUACCUUCCUUUAUAUAAACUUUUGUAUUCAUUACAGUAUAAGAAAAAAAUUUAUGGUACAUUAUUUUCUUAAUAGUUUUUGUUGUUUAGAUCAGGAAAAACUGGAGCUUUUGCACUUCCAAUCCUACAAAGUUUGAUGGAGAAUCCUCAAAGGAACUUUGGUCUAAUAUUGUCACCGACGAGAGAAUUGGCAAUCCAAAUUGCUGAACAGUUCACUGCACUUGGAUCUGUGAUUGGUUUGACAGUUGCUGUCGUUGUAGGAGGUAUUGACAUGGCUACACAAGCGUUGUCUUUGGCUAAACGGCCUCAUAUUAUCGUUGGUAAGUUUUAAGUCUUUUCAAGCGGUUCUAUGAGUUUUUACCAACAAACUACUAUCUAUAACGUGAUAUACAAACUUGUGUUUCAGCUACACCAGGUCGUCUUGUUGAUCAUCUAGAAAACACAAAAGGCUUCAAUUUGAGGAGUAUUCAAUACCUGGUAAUGGACGAAGCUGACAGGAUAUUGAACAUGGAUUUUGAAGUUGAAUUGGAGAAGAUCUUGAAGGCUUCACCCAAAAACAGAAGAACUUUCUUGUUUUCUGCUACAAUGACACAAAAAGUGUCAAAAUUGGAAAGGGCAUCUUUGAAGAAUCCAAUUAAAGUUGAAAUCUCGAACAGCAAAUAUCAGACUGUCGAUCAGCUCAAGCAAUAUUACUUGUUCAUUCCUUUCAAGUACAAGGUAGGGUUCUUGUGUUACAAAGGGACUUCUUAGGCGUCAUUUUUUAUUCUGAAUAUAGAGUUUACAUGAAUAAUUCAAAUUUAGACCUGUAAAAUUAAGAAUCUAAUGUGUGUCUUAUUUUAGGAGCCAUAUCUAGUGCACAUGUUGAACGAGAAAGCAGGUAACACAGUGAUCAUCUUCUGUAGUACAUGUGCAUCUGUGAUGAAGGUGGCCUUCAUGUUGAGGCAUCUUGGCUUCACUUCGAUUGCUCUACAUGGACAGAUGAAUCAGCCAGCUAGAAUUGGAGCAUUAAACAAGUUCAAGGCCAAAGAUUGCUCUGUCCUGGUCUGUACGGAUGUUGCUUCUCGAGGUAUGUUGAUCUAAUUAUAUUUUGUCGUUUUAGGCAUUAGAAAACGAAUAUUAAGAUUAAACUUAUAAAGUUAAACUAAAACAACGUAAAUUAUCAAAGGACAACUAAUAAUAAGAUAAAAAAUAAAUAAACUUAUAACAAUUAUUGUCGAUUUUAGGUUUGGAUAUUGCCAACGUUGAUGUAGUGAUAAAUUACGAUGUCCCAACCAAUUCCAAAGACUACAUUCACAGAGUUGGCCGUACGGCUCGUGCCGGAAAGGCAGGUGUAGCUAUCACGAUAGUCACCCAAUACGAUGUCGAGAUCUAUCAAAAUGUAGAGUCGAAUCUGGGAAAGAAGUUGGACGAGUUCAAAGUAUCCCACGAUGAUAUUAUGCCUCUGGUGGAACAUGUGACACAAGCCAUCAGGCAUGCUGCUCAAAGGUACAAGGAGACGAACGAGAGUCAGAAGAAGGGAAGGAAGGGCGAUGAUGGAAAUGGCAACAAAAAGAAGUUCAAGGGGAGGAGAUGA